AAUAAAUGAAGUCCCUCUGACAAAAGGCACAGACUUUGACGUGUUAUAACAGGGACUGUAGCAAAAGAAUAUCGCGAGUUGUCACGAAACCGAACUUUUGUUAUGGCGUUAACUAAGGAAUCCGCAGGAGUGGAUCAGCUGGUUGGAGUGGGCUUGGUGGGCUUCAGCCUCUGUCUCUUCGUGUAUUACACCAUUUGGGUUAUAGUACUGCCCUUUGUUGAUGAAGAACAUGUGAUUCACAGCUACUUCUUGCCACGACAGUUUGCUGUCCUGAUUCCUGCUGUAGCUGGUUAUUGUUGGUAUUAUUUAUAGGUGCCUUCAUUGCAGCUGUCUGUGGAAAGGUAGAAGACCAUCUAAGAAGUCAGACUGAAAAGGACUUGACUAUGAGAGAUGAACAUGUUAGUUCUAAGAAAUGUGGGGACAUUUUUUAAGUCUUUCUAAGCAACUUUUGGUUGACUUCUAUGCAAGCGUGUAAACUUCAAAAUAAAAAGACCAUUAUGGGACCAGGACCAACUCCACAUCACAGAGAAAGCAAGAUGUGAAAUGAUACAGCUAAACUGAUUUUAAGAAAUGAGAGGAUACCGUUUCAGCCAUUUUAAAAUCGGCAAUGAUUAUUUUUGUGAUUUGGACCGAGUAGUUCAGAGAGAGUACCUACAACAGAUUUGUAUUGCUGUAUUUCUGCAUCAGAGUUACCAGCUGUUCUCUUGUUUUAGUAUGUUAUGUGCCAUUUGUGCGACUUGUAGUAGCAGUCUGCUGUGUAUGUGUCCUGCGUUCUGCCCCAACAGCAGCACCAGUUUAAAGACACUUAAAAAGUAUGCUUUUGCUGUGUAACAGAUGCUCAUACUGUAGGUGCAAAGAGAAAUAAAAGUGUAUUGGUCUCUUUAUAGUGUACACUUUUAAACCCUCUUACAUGUAUUGGGUAAUGUUUAUAAUAAAAAUAAUUAUUGAUGGCUGUUAAGAAAUAGUUUACCAGUGUUGUAUUUAGUAGGACUGGGCUCUGUUACCAGCUGUCUUAUUUGUCUUCAUUUGAAGUUAUUUCCAAUCCAGAAAAAAAUGCAGACAACAGUGAUGUAAAUUCAACAUGGCUAUUGAAGCUUGUACAAAUCAUCUAACUCUCACCUCUCCAGUGAUGGCAUCUGUAUUCUGUAUUUCCUCCAUUUUUCUCUUUUCAGUGACUCAGUAUCUAUUCACAUUUAUGUCAGUUGUGCUCCUGAUAGAUAAACUCAUGUUUGAAAAGGAUGUACACUAAGAAAAUUUUGACCGUACAGUGGUGCAGCUAUGGAGUUUGUAUAAGGAGUUGUGGGAACAGGGAAUGAAGUUCCCAACAUGGGGAUGGAGGGAGUUUUGCUCUCCUACAGUGACAUUUAUGCAAUAUCUGCUUGGUUUGAUUUUGCAUACAAUCUGCAUAUCUUAGUUCCUAGAUGCGUUUUAUUUUGUCAGUUUGCAUUGCUUCCUGAUUGUAUAUAUGUCAGCUCUGCAUGUUGAAUGAGGUUUUCUUUUAUCAUAUGGUAAUGUGACCUUGGAGUUAGUAUAUUUAAGUAAGGGACCUGCGCCCUGCAAAAAUAUUUAAUAGCUUGGUUCACUGUUGCAUGAUCUGUACAAGUUUGUUUAUUUUUUUUUUUGGUGUUUGUUUUGCUUAUGUACUUGGGUUUGUGAGCUAAAAGUUUAGCAGUUAACUGGAAAUGUUGUUGCUAUUUGUAGUUACAAUGACUUUUAUGAUUAAAGUACUUAGUAGGUCUGCUAACUGA